AUGGGUUGGAAGCGCGGCUUCGUCAAAUGGGGACUGCUAGGACAACUUUCAUCCUUCGCGCGAACACAGGAGCUCUUUAGUGCCUGUCCCACCAGCUGCCGGACAUGCGACGAUCUGGGCAGUUGUCUGAGCUGUGAGCCCGGCUCCGUGCUCCAGAACUACGAGUGCGUGGAGCAGUGCUCAGACGGCCUUUUCGAACGCGACGGAGAGUGCCACUUCUGCCCGAUAAACUGCGACACCUGCAAUUCAGAACAUGAUUGCAAGUCUUGCGCGGAAGGCAGCUUCGCGCAGGAAGGAGUCUGCGUGAACGCGUGCAGCGAGGGCUUCUACCUCGAGCGCGAGACAUGUCUCAAGUGCGGAGAUUACUGCGUCGAGUGCUGGACACGAGACGAGUGCACUCUCUGCGAGUCGGGCAUGCUUCUCCAAGGAGCCUACUGCGUGCCCAGCUGCUCGCUCGGCUUCUCGCAGGUAGACGGGAUCUGCUUGCCCUGCCAGACCGGCUGCGAGGAGUGCCACUACUCCAGCCAGAAAUGUAAAAAGUGUUCCCCUGGAUUAUUUCUGUACGAAGGCAACUGCAAGCGCGAGUGCCCUCCCGAGACUGGCCAGCCGCAAAAUGGUGCAUGCGGCGCCGUCCACUACAAACUGCCCAGGAACAAGCUACUGCGCCUGUCCAACAUCGUCGACGUGCCCGAAAAGUCAAACAAGUACACGAUCAAGUUCUCCAACUCCGGCGCCGGGCGACUCUUCCUCCAGAACCCGAUGGAUGGUGCCUGGCCGAUGUACGUCCUGGACGACUCGUCCUCUUACCCGUCUCCUGUUGACACGCUGGAAUUCACCGCCGAAGACUUGGACAACGCGUGGUACAGGCCGAGUGCAGACAUGGAGACAGACCAUUUAGACUUUGAAAUUUACCUGAACGAGCAAUUAGUGGAAGACAGCUCAGUGACACUGGACCUGCUGAACGACGCUUUGGGAGUGAUCCAGCCAGAUAGAAACGCGAAACUGAGCAGAGUGAUUCCGCCCGGAACUACUCGCGAACUCACUGGAAUGAAGUUCUCCUCUUCCAAAGAAACCCCUUCUGAAGAUAUCAUCUAUUCACUGAACUCUCGCUUACCGCCUGGCUUUGCUACGAUCGAGCGCAUCCCCUACGGACCUGUCUCCGAGUUCACGCAAUAUGAUCUCGACCGGGGCGAUGUCAUCGUCGCCACCUCUGAAGCCUGGCCGGGACACGACCUGACCUUCGACUUUUACGUCUCCGACAACGAAGGCGUCACCAUGGAGCCCUUCGUCUAUACCAUCAAGUCGCCGACCUUCAAAGUCAGCGCCGGAAAAUCUGUAGCUUUGUCGGUCGAAGAAGCUGGAAUCCACCCCAAAGCACUCAAAGACAAGGACUCUUUCUACAUUCUCAGCCAAGCUCCGUUCUUUGGCGACAUUCUCGUCGAUGGAAAGAAAGUCAGCGAAGGAGAGAGCUUCUUGCUUUCGUCAAAAGUGGAGUAUGCUACAGAGAGAACUGUCAAAGCGUCUGAAGACUCUGUUCAAGUGACGUCCUACUUUGGAAACAAGGAUGAGGACAUUCGCCUCUCGAUUCUCAUCGAUGAUUCCAACUUGGGACCUGUGCUGGCAUCUUCGCUCAAAUUGGAUGUGAGCAGCAUUCGACAAGAGAUACAUUCUUCCUCGCUCAGGUUCACAAGCGACGGUUCUUCUAUCGAGUACAAAAUCAACGAGGACCCACUUUGGGGAUUGCUGGAAAAACGCGUGGGCAAUGGCUAUUCCUCGAUGGCGCUGGGCAAUACGUUUUCCCAGGCGGAUGUGGACGAGGGAUUGAUCUACUAUCACUUUUACGGAUCGGACAGUAAUCCUUCCGACUACGUCGAGCUCACCGUGACUGAUGAGCUCGGCCACCAAGUUCAAGAAAAAUUGAUGAUUUACGUCAGCAUAGCGGACGAAGUCUCAACCAUCAUGCCAGACUUGGAGUUCUUUGACAUUGACACGCAGCUCGACAAUUUCGACACUUUCGAAGGCGCCCAUGAAAUUUCCACUUUCGCGACUCCGACCGUGUUCACUAUUGGCGUUUCCGAGAAAAGGAUUCUCCAUCCUGUCGACUUAGGAAUCGCUGUUCCCUCGAGAUCUGACUGGGUUGAGAUGCUGGUCGCGCCAAGAUUGGGAGAAGUGCUCAAUGCGGACGACGGAAGCGAAUUCGUCGUUGCCAAUGUUGCCGACUUGAUCGACGGAAAGAUCGUGUUUCAAUCUGGCGCGAAAGCCGGCUCCGACGAAGUCCAAUUCACAGUUUACCUCACCUACAACGAAGGAGCUGCUCAGACGAUCACAGUCCCCGUCGAAGUCGUCGGCGAUUCCCAGGACUCGUACGUCGACUCUUCCGCAAAUUAUCUCUCCUCUUCCUCGCAGGACACGUACUCCGGCUACUUCAACGAAGAGAUCGACUCGCAGUCCGAGAUGAACAGUCUCAUCAGUCCGAAUUUGGCGACGCCGGAAUUCUUGGAGCUCGAGAACUCGAGAAAGAAAUCCCCGGAGAGCCCUGCCAGCCGCAAAGAAGGACGUUUCGUUGGAAUUCCAAGCGUCAAAAACACGAUCGAAGUUCAAGCGAACAAAAUCAAAAUCAUUACCGAAUUGGCUACUUUGCCGGACACGGACAGUUCGACCAGGUUUACCAUCGACACUCCUCCAAGCAAAGGAUAUCUGAAGCUGCUGGACGAAGCAGGGUCGGAAAUCGGCUCUGUUCUGUCUUUUGGCGAUUCUUUCCUGCGCCGGGACGUGGAGGAAGGGCGACUGUGCUACGAAGGCACUGGCGGCGUCGGAGUCAACACUUUUUCGAUCCGGGAAGACUCGUUCUCUUACACGCUCGGCGAGGGGCAGUUCAAGCGCUUCGGCGAAGUGACGAUCCGAGUAGAAGACUUUACGCUGGGGAACACGCUGGACCGCUCGCUGCCCGGCUCCGAGGUGGAGAAUGAAAAAGACACAGAGUUCGACCCCGACGGUGACGAGCGGGGCGCCUCACAGAGUGCAGUUAUUGGCUCUCCACUUGUGGCAAGUUUUCGACGGCCCAAGCCCACUCUUCGCCUGAACACCAUCCACUGCGAAGAGUCCGCCCGGCGCAUCAUUACCUCCAACGACGUCAUCGCCGACGACAACGGCUACAGCCAGUCGGGGGAUCUGCGGCUGAGUGUCUCGCGCGAGUGCAAACAAGGUCAGCUGGAGCGGCUCUACGGCUCCAAGUGGCGCGCCACCGACCAGUUCACCUACCAGGACGUCGAAGACGGCAUCGUCGCCUACAGUCACUUUGGCGGAAACGCGGGCCAGGACUCUUGCGUCCUCCAGCUGCGCAACGCAUUCGCCAGUUCCGAGCACGUGACGCUCAACAUCAUCGUCGACUUUUUGAACACUGGCACUCCGAGACUCACGUCAAACUCUGGCUUGCUCUACCUCGAGUACAUUGACAACGUUCCCGCUGGAAUCAUCACUUCCAGCACGCUGAAAACGACGGAUCCAGACACGCAGCCAGAAGACUUGAUCUACCAAGUCACCGAGAAAUGCGAAUUCGGCGAGAUUAUCAACACCGAGCUCAAUACAAGAGUCACAAGCUUCUCUCAGUACGAUGUAGACAUGGGAAGGAUCAGAUACGAGCUGACUGUAGCUGACAGUGCCCAGCACUCCGACGAGUUCAAGUUCACAGUGACGGACAAUAAGACCACGCUCAAGGACAACACUUUCGUCAUCAGAUUCUCGCGGCUAGAAUUCGAAGAGGAGCGGAUCACAGUGGCGGAAACAGAAGGCGAGAUAAAGGUCUGGCUUUCGCGCACCGGGUAUUUUAACCACUACGCGAUCGUCACUUGCAAAUCCAUCUCGGAAAUAGCGCUGAACCAACAAGUUCAAUUCGAGCCGGGCGAGAACCGCAAGCCCUGCGUAGUGCCACUCCAGCAAGACGACCGCCACCAAGGCCAAAAACAACUCGACCUACAACUGGCGGAGCCGUCUUACGCCCUGCUCGGCAAACGCGAUUCAAUGUCGAUCGUUAUUACGGACCCGGAAGACAAAGCUACGAUUUCAUUCUUGAGCGACGAAAUCCACGUUCAAGAAGAGCAGCGCCAAGUCGUGAUUCCUGUCCGGCGAGAAGGCGACGCCUCCAAAACAGCCACAGUCAUCUGCUACACCCAAGCUGCUUCUGCUGGCGAUGCCGACUUUGAGCGCCGCGAGCCGCGGGAAAACGAUCAGCUCGUGUUCCAAGGAACGCCGUACAACCAGCGCGACGCUUCUUGCACGAUUAAUUUGAUCGACGACUCUUUGUUCGAGCGCGAAGAGUUCUUCUUUGUCAAGCUCGACAAGGCAAAUAUUGAAGCUAGAAUCGGCGCCAUUGACACCGUUAAAGUCGUGAUUGACGGGCCCAAUGAUUUGCCGCAGAUCUCGAUGGCUGAGAACAGACUGGAAGUGCGCGAAUCGGCGAAGAUUGUUUCCGUGGAGAUUUACCGUGCUGGCAGCGAUCUCAGCCAAGAAAGCGAGGUCUUUUGCAACUCUCGGGCCGGCUCUGCUUCUCCUGGCGAAGAUUUCGAACAAGUUCACGAGCACGUGAUCUUCGCAGUGAACCAAGAAGUGGCCAGUUGCGAAGUGACCAUCUUCGACGAUUCAGAAAACCCAGUCGUCGAAGGCAAGGAAAACUUCUUUGUCUACCUCUCCGGCGCCAAAGGAGCAGUGCUCUCUGAUUUGAUCGAGAGCGAAAUUGUGAUCGACGACGAGGACGAAGAUAGUCCGACUUUUGAAUUCGCGGCGCCUGAGUAUGCGGCUGCCGAGACGGACCCUGUUGUUUCCGUUCCUGUAAUCCGGCAUGGAGACACUUCUGGUCCGGCCAGUGUCAUUUGCCGAACUCUGCAAGGCUCGGCGCAGAUCGAUUCCGACUUCCGGGAGAGAAUCAAUUCCGACGUGAACAGAAUCUUCUUCGAGCCCGGCGAGACUGAGAAGAACUGCGAUGUGGUGCUUAUCGACGACGAAGAGCACGAGCCCUCUGAAACUCUUUUCCUCCAACUCAAAGAUCCCCAAUCUGUUUCUGGCUCACCAGCUCGCCUCGGUGCUCUGGACGAGACAAAGAUCACCUUGACCAACACCGAAGAUACUCCUACCAUCACAUUCGCCAAGUCAGAAGUCUCCGUUCGGGAGCCAAAGCCCGGCGAGACCAAGGACGUCACCGUGACCGUGCAUCGCUACGGAGAUACAACUGGCAAUUCAAGAGUGCGUGUGUCCACUCGCGACGGCUCCGCUAUAUCUGGCGUCGAUUACGAGCCCAAAUCUGAGAUGCUGCGCUUCCGCCCUGAGAAACAAUCUCUCACCUUCACCGUUGUCGUCAAAUGCAACGAAGAAUCGGCCUGGCACAAGACCUUUUCUCUCGUAAUGGGCCCUGACGAGCCGGUCAAUGCCGUCCUCGGCGAGUUUCCAGCGAUGACUGUUACUAUUCUUGACAAAGAAGCGUCUGGAUCGCUUGUUCUACCAGCUCCUCCGGCGGUUAUUUCGCUGAAGGACUUUGACGCAGCUGCAAACGCCGACGAAGAACUCCUUCCGGGCUAUCCAGCGCUUUGUUUGACUCCUUGUGACCCGCAACAUCCGAAUUUCGACGAAACUCAAUCGCUUUGCGAGGAAGCUGGCAUCGACAACGACCUGAUCCAGUACUCGUGGGAAGUAGCGACGCCGGACAAGUCCAAUUUCAAGAGAAUCAACGAUGCAACUCCGUGGACGAGCCCAAAGAGCAAAGUGCUUGAUUCAAUCUACUUUUCUCGCAAGUUUAAAAUCAGAUGUCGGGUUCAAGCGUUUUCUCCCGAAGGAAAAGGCGGUACCCCUCUUCGAUCUCAGCCUGCUCAAGUGUCUUCGGAAGGAAUCUGCCACAAUCCGCUCGUCGCGGGAGAAAGCGGCUUCCAAGCACAGAACUUCCAGGCAAACUUGAAAUACCUGGACUCGACGCAUCCUGACCACCCCAACUCGAUUCACAUCACAGUCGAAGUGCCCCACGAAGACGGACUGCUGCCUCUUGUCUCCACCACUCAGAUCAACAACAUAGACUUCCUCCUUCGCGACCGAGUUUUCCGACAGCAGCACGUCUGCUCAAACAUGCUCACUCCAGAGGAAGCGCCGAAUACAGAAGGACAGCGCGGCUUCUUGGACUCAUACGACGCAGCUAGAGUGCCAGCAAUGUCUGGCUUCGACCGCCCUCAUCAGUUUGACACUGAGCUGCGAUCGGAAAAGACACUUUCGCUUUAUCAAUAUCUCAACUUGAAAACGUGCACUUGGACGUUCGACUCCUACUACACCAUGGACGAGCUAAAGGACAUUUGCGGCGGAAGAAUCGACAAAGACUACGAGCUAGCCACCCAGGACCAGAGCCACGUGACCGUCCGCGUUCCCUUCCAUGUUUCCUACAUUUACGUGCAAGCUCCAACUGGCUGGGCAGCUCUCGAGCACAGAUCAGAGUUUAGCGUCAGUUUCUAUUACAGCAAUGUGAUGUGGAAAUCUGGCAUCAAGACGGAUUCGGAGCUGACUGGAGACAUUUCGCUGACUAGAGUCUCUAUCGACGCCAAUGGUCGACUCGUUGUUGAGCUGCGAACGCGCACGCGAUUCCGAGGUCUUUUCUUGGAGUCCUCUGACAAGCAAGCCGGCCUCAAGAAAGAAGAAUCCACCUUUGUUGCUCCCAUGGGCGUCAGAUCUAACUUCACUCUUGAGCUAAUUUGGUCACAAGAUACUUUCGACAGUCCCGAACAGCACUGGAAAGCGAUGUCCAAAUACAGCCGAAAAGACUACACCGGCGAGUACAUGCUCAACCUUAUUCCCUGCACGGUGCAGCCGACCCAAGGCUUCGAGUCUGGACAAACGCCCGAGAGCGUCUGCUCGCCGCACGAGAAAGCAGAAUUUUCCGUAAAAAUCGGAAUCCAACAGUCUGCCCGGCCCGUUCCCGUCGUCUACAGUCUCAACACGCACUUCCACAUCACAAACUCUGAACAGAUUUUCCUCAGCGCGCCUGGCGAGUAUCCCCUCGAAGAGAUGGACUACAAGGGCACCUUUUCGAAGGGAUCAAAGGUCUUUGCGCGAAUCAUGUGGGAAUCUCAGCAAGAUCUCAAGAGCGCGUACAACCUGCAAAUCGAAAAAGUGUACAUCUGCACCGGCAGCAACGGCUACAUCCCCACUUUCGAUCCUACAGGAGAAAUGUACGGCGAAGGGCCGCAGUAUGGAUGCAUCAAGCCGAUCAAAGAGAUCUCCAGCAGAUUCCUGAUUCUCGAUCGAGGCAACAGAGACGCAGAAGAUCUUUCUUUCCAGGCCAUCCCCUUCGAAGCGGAGUUCGCAGAUGACAACGAGGAGUACAAAGCGCUCUCCUCGCACCCCUCUACUGACGGCUUCGCUUUCUCCGUGGACCCACUUUACAAGAUCAUCGCCGGGCACGAGUGGUACAUUCAGGUGCUCUACGAAAUCGAAGGAAAUCAAGGAAGAGUACGCCGGUCCGCGAUCGAGCCUGGCCAUCAUUUCAUGUCGCGACGCGCGGCAGCUCCUGGAACUGCGCGCAACGGAACCAACAUGGGAAUCCUCAAUAUAGACGAGCCGGUUCACUCUGCCUCGGCGGGAAUAGUCGCUGGAAGCAUUGGAGGUCUCGUUCUCUUCGUUGUUGCGAUGGGCGCCUUCAUCUUUGCCCGUCGUGGAAGCCCUUCAGAAAGCGCAUAUGACGAGAACUCUCUGACGCCGGAAGAAGUGGGUCUGCUCCAGCAAAAGAUCGACUACAGCAAACUGGUGAACCAAAACCGCGUGCCCAACAACAAACUCAAGAACCAUCUGAACAACAUGAACGGCCUCCAGCAGCAGCGUUCCCAGAACUUCGUUUCUGUGAAGCCGUCGCGGAACAUCCUCUCCUCCCGCGAUCAUCACGUGACGAUCCACAACGACCUCGGCGGGGCGAGCAAGUCCGGCACGGAGAUCUAG